CAAGUUAGCACAUAACUAGCAGUUAGCUGCUCUGCUAACUUAGCCUGCCGACCGUGAACAUCUGCUUACUUUAGUAGCCAGCUAAGACUUAUAAUGUCGCCGGUUUAGCUUUAAUUGUAUAAUUGAGAUGCCGGUUUGGUUUAAGAAAUUCUUCUUGUCGGAGUUUGAGCCCAAGUCACUAAAGACGAAAUUUACAUUCCGGUUGCAUUCUGUGGGACCAUAAUGGGCACAUAUUAGUGUCAUACCAAGGAUGUGGAUGGGAAUUUUCCUACUCAGCGCCAAGUUAUUUUUUGACAACUGCCGUCAAUUAUGUCAUUGCCAAAAGAGUCAGAAGGUCGGGGGAAGGAUCGCGAGAGGGGGGCUCGUCCCAAGGUGAGGCAGAGCCGAUCAGAGGAGAGACGAGACGCGGGUGGUGGCCGGAAAGGUGGAAAAGCCAAGAAAAAAGGCCUCGCUUCCCACGAACCAGCAGCCGAGCGGCCUGCCAGCGAUGGCUUUGAAUACGGUGAGCUGUUAAGUGACCUAGAGGCCAGAGACAAAUCCACUACUUCUCCCCUGAAGGAGAGCUGGAGGUUGCAGGAUUUGGAGAUCAGUGCUUCGUUGCUGGGACAGGAAAUGCUAAUGACCAAGCCCGGACUGGCAGCAGGUGGCUCAGUCAGCGACUUAUCUGCGCCAGGCGAAUUUGAUGGCAGAGGAAUGAGCAGCAGUCGCACUCUUCGGCAGAAAAUCCAAGAUGCAAUGGGGCAGUGUUUUCCAAUAAAGACACACAGUGCGGCAGCACCACCUUCACCUCCACAGGCUCUUUCAUCAACGGCCUGUGCCGCCUCAAGGCGAAAGAUCCAUCUCAGCGAGUUGAUGUUGGAUGACUGCCCUUUCCCUGCAGGAUCCGAUCUCGCUCAAAAGUGGUAUCUCAUUAAGCAGCACACGGCCCCCAUUACCCAGCCUCCCGUGCUCGACUGUGCAGUGGUGUGCAGCCCCCCAACAUUGGGCAUGGCCACAGUCGUAGAGGACGUCGAUGACAGAUUGCGAGAGCGCAGGCGCAUCAGCAUUGAGCAAGGUGUCGAGCCACCACCCAAUGCAGAGAUUCAUACAUUUGAGGUGACAGCCCAAAUUAACCCCCUCUACAAACAUGGCCCUAAACUGGCCCAUGGUAUGAAUGAAUUAACUGGGACUGACAGAGCUUCUGUUCAACAACAACAACAGCAGCAGCAGCAGCAACAGCAGCAGCAGCAACAGCAGCAGCUUCUUUUGCAGAGGCAGCAACAGCACCAGCUCUUGCUUCAGAGUUGUCUGGACACUCUGGAUGAGGUGGCGGCCUCUGCGUCGGCCUCCGUCCAUACUUGUGAUACAAUCUCCGACCCUUUGGUUGAUCCAGAGGUUACAGUGACCAACACGCCCGCCGCAACCAUUCUUCCUCAGACUGAACAUCACAAAUCUCACGACGGCUACCGCAUUCACACGCAGAUUGAUUACAUCCACUGUUUGGUUCCGGACCUGCUGCAGAUUACGACCCUCCCGUGUUACUGGGGCGUCAUGGACCGCUACGAGGCAGAGACGCUGCUGGAGGGGAAGCCAGAAGGGACCUUCCUCCUGCGUGACUCCGCCCAGGAGGACUACCUCUUCUCCGUCAGCUUCCGCCGCUACGGCCGCUCGCUCCAUGCGCGCAUCGAACAGUGGAACCACAACUUCAGCUUCGACGUGCACGACCCCAGCGUCUUCCACGCGCCCACAGUCACCGGGUUGCUUGAGCAUUACAAGGACCCCAACUCCUGCAUGUUUUUCGAGCCGCUGCUCUCCAAUCCAAUACACCGCACGCAACCCUUCAGCCUGCAGCACAUCUGCCGAGCGGUCAUAAGCAGCUGCACCACCUACGAUGGCAUUAACAUGCUUCCAAUCCCAAAUGCAUUGAAAAAGCAUCUGAAAGAAUACCACUACAAGCAGCGAGUACGUGUACGGCGAAUGGAUACUUGGUGGGAAUGAAGAACAGCAAAGCAAAAGAAUAUUGAUUUAAAAAAAAAAAAACAUACUAAAUUCAUUUUUAUUGCAGGAGUCCUCUGAACUGAAGAACUUGUGUUCUUUACGCCGUAUUAACCCACACUGUACUUAUUUAUUUUUAUUCCUGCUGUACCUGUCUUAACAAUCCUAUUAAAUUACACUGAUACAAUAUGUAACCCUACUGAUCUUCCACACUCCCAAGUUCUGCGCUCAGAUUAAACCUGUUUUGACCUUC